GGACAAGACUCUGUGUAGUGUAAAGUGUGGGUAUGUCUGUGUAAAAUAAUUGGAGAAGGGAAAUAAAAUUCCCAUUCCUGCUUUGAGCUUCUCCCUGCACUGCAAUGCGACGCACUCCUCCCUCCCUCCAUUUCCUCUCCGCAACUGACACCGCCACCGCCGCCAACACUUCAGCAGCCACCGCCGCCUCGAUGUCUUCACGCCCAUCCCGGGGGCGCGGUAGGGGCUUCUCCAGCCGCCCGUACUCCGGCGGCAGAGGUCACUUCGUCUCCGGCGAUGCGCACUUACGCUCUGUCCGUGACGCCAAUUUAGGUCUCCGGCGAGGUGAGAGUGGAAGCUUCGCGAACCAAACGCUGCAUAAUCAGAAUCCCCCGUGUAAUCCGAGGCCUCAUCCGCCGCCGCUUCAGCAAGAGCAGUCUCAGUUCCGUAAUCGACCGUAUUCCCCGCAUUUUCGGCCACAUUUCCCGCAGUACCGGCAACAUCCUCCACCUGAGCACCGGCCGACGUUUCGUCCGCAGACGCAUCUCCGGCAGCGGCCGCCGGAUUAUCGGGACUGGGAGCCUUCCCUGACGCCUCCUCCUCCUCAUUGUGAGCGGUUUAAAGUUCUUUCCUAUAAUAUAUUGGCUGACUACCUUGCUUUGGACCACCGGAACAAACUUUAUUUUCACAUACCUCCAUACAUCUUGGAUUGGCAGUGGAGAAAGAGAAGCAUACUUUUUGAGUUGGGGCUGUGGUCAGCUGAUAUCUUGUGUUUACAGGAGGUUGAUAGAUUUCAUGAGUUGGCAGAGGAGUUGCAGCCUAAGGGAUACAGUGGCAUCUGGAAGAUGCGUACAGGUAAUCCAGUUGAUGGCUGCGCAAUAUUUUGGAAAAAAUCAAGGUUCAAUUUGUUAUAUGAAGAAUGCAUUGAGUUUAAUAAGCUGGGACUCAGGGACAAUGUCGCUCAGCUAUGUGUACUAGAGAUCAUUUAUCGAAAUGGAUCUUUCCCAUCCAGCUUGACAGGCUCUAGUAAAGUUGUGGUUUGUAACAUUCAUGUGCUUUACAAUCCUAACAGGGGAGAAAUUAAGCUUGGCCAGGUUCGUGUGCUACUUGAUAAGGCUAAAGCUGUUUCUAAACUCUGGAAUGAUGCCCCUAUAGUUAUAUGUGGGGAUUUUAAUUGUACACCCAAGAGUCCGUUAUACAACUUUAUAUCGGAACAGAAGUUGGAUCUAUCCGGAAUAGAUAGGAAUAAGGUAUCAGGACAAGCUUCUGCAAUUCCUGCAUCAAAGCCCUAUUAUGGUCCUAAUUCUGGUGAAUUAUCUGCUACUGGUUCAGUUCCGGCUAUAUCCACUGAAGGUGUCAAGGAAGUUACUGAACAAAAUAAUUAUGGACUGGACACGACAGACCUGGAUAUUUCUGUUAAAUCUUGUGCACACGUUGAGUGUGGAAAGGAAAAUGAUUCAUAUGCAGGGAAAGAUACUCAGGAAACUGCUGUUGACCAUUCGAAGAUCUUUCGUGAAGUUGGUAGCAUAGAAGAACAAGAUGCUUCUUAUAGUAAAGGUGGGCUCCAUAUUGUUCCUGAAAAUGGUGAUGUUCAUGACAUUACACCUGUGACCUCUUCAGCUCCUGAAGCUGUUAACAGUGAAACAACUGGGUUGGGAAGCAAUGAACAUAUACCAGAUGCUGUCCCAACUUCAAAUGAAGAAUUAAGCAACAAAUCCAACUUACAUGUCCCUGAAGAGAAUAAACUGGCGGAGUUUGACUGUUCCCCAACUUCUCUUCAGGAAUGUCAUCAAUCUUUCACAAGGGUGAGGAUUGAUCUUGAGUCAACAGAUCUUGACAAUGCAGUAAUUUCUCCAACUAAACCAUCCAGCCAAACUUCAGCUUCCAAUACAUUGGAAGUCAUUAGUACAGAGUAUGGAGAUAGCCCAUCUCAUGAGGAAAUUGCUGAUGACCAAAAUAAAAGCUCAUCAACUGCAUAUCUAGGUGAUAAAUCACAUCAAAACUUUCCAAUUGAUGAAAAAGAGAAAACAUUCUUUGAUGAGAUAGACAAAACCAUCGGUGAAAAUAUUGGUGAUGACAGCAGUUUUGUAUCUUCCUUACAUAAUGCUGAAGGAGUUGCUCUUGACAUCAGUUCAUCAAUGAAAUCAGAUCUUGAUAAGUCCUAUCAGUACACGAAAUUAAAUUCUGCUUCCAAUUUGUUGCCUGUAGAAGGCAAUGAAGGGGAGGAUAAGUUGUCUCCUCGUCAGAUUUCUAAAUCUAUUUGGGAAGAGGAGGCUCCUUAUAAUCCUGCAUUAUGGACCCCUAAGGAGAUAGAAACUGCAACAGGAAAUGAGGAUUGCACCUUCUUGGAGCACCCUUUACAGCUUAGGAGCACAUACACCGAGGCAAUGGAUUGUUCAGGGACCAGAGACCCCUACGGAGAACCCCUUGUGACUAGUUAUAAUAGGCGCUUCUCAGGAACUGUUGACUACAUUUGGCGAUCUGAAGGUCUUCAAACAAUCAGAGUUCUUGCUCCGAUGGCUAAACAUGCCAUGGAAUGGACUCCAGGAUUCCCAACGAAGAAAUGGGGCAGUGAUCAUAUUGCAUUGGUGACCGAGCUGGCUUUGAUGAAAGAUGGUACCGACAUCUCCACCAAGGUUUAAAUAGCAGUUCAUUCAAUAACCAGUGGUGGUGUAUCGACCUUACUAGGCUCUUUUAAUUCAAAUCAGUGGUGGAUUAUCUACAAUUUUCUUUCACACUCACUCGUGAGGAUCCAAAUCCCCUGCCCUAAUCUGACCCCUCUUGUAACCUGUAGGAUGCAUAAAGGUUCUUCUGCAAAUGUUUAUUUGUAAAUUAUGAAUUCAUAUCGAUUCUCAAGUCAUUCCUUUGCAUUUAAUAAAUAUGAUAUUCAGAUGUCUUUUUA